AUGGAUUCGCCCGGUCCUCAGUUCUCAUAUCCCCCAGCCUCUGCCUAUAGUCCCAGCACCAGCGGAUUUGAUUACAUGCCCCAGUCCACCCGAGACAACUUUCGCCGCUCCACACUCAGCAGCCCUGGUCUCUCCCCUUCCCAGACAUCUCUCCAGAACACAUGGACACGCAUCCGCAAGUUUAUGGCACGUGAAUAUCCCGAGCUCGGUGACUCCCUCAACUACGGCCUCGCUCCUGCCAUUAUCGACCAAGUCGAGGCUGAAUUGGGCAUGACAUUACCCCCUGCGGUCCAAGCAUUGGACGAAUGGCGCUUCUGGCGCGAGGUCGACGAGGACCCGACCACCGGCGCAAACCCCCAGCUCUUACAAGUCAUGGCGUCUAUUCCGACAGGCUGGAUACGUAAAGCUUAUUCCUGCCGCGGCUGGCUGCCUCUUGUCACCGACAAGGCUGGCAACUACCUCGGUGUCGACCUCGCCCCCGCUGAACAAGGCACAUACGGCCAGGUCAUUGUAUUCGGCCGUGACUUCGAUACCAAGGUUGUCAUGUUCCGCGGUGAGGGUGAGGACGGAUGGGCUACUUGGCUCCAGAACUUUAUCGAAGAACUCGAGGCCGGCGAAGGGUUCGAAGUGGGUGCGACAGACUCGGCCAGCGAAGGGAGCGACGACGUAGGAUACGAAUCUUACUUUUACGACGGGAGCGGGCGGAGUAAAGGCGUUGGAGGCACGCGUGAUGGCGCAGCGGGCAUGAAGCUCACAGGCGAGUACAAAGGGUGGAACGUUCUCGAGGCAUUUGCAGACAAGAGUUACCGUCGUUGGCGCGAACGCAAUAUGGCACCUGACCUCGACGUAUUACAAAAUCCGGUAAUUACUUCCCAUAAUGUAUCGCUUGUCGGCCCGGGAGUCGGAACUGGCUCAGGUGUCGAAGUUCCCAUCCCGAUCAUGGGUGGACCCAGCGUUCCGAAUACGCCUACAAAGUCCAGGCUGGCUCCCAUGCCUCCUAUCGCGCGAAACCCGGACCCACCAAGUAUGGGCAAACUCGACCAACCCAUCCCACCCACCAUUCAAGUCACUCGCGCCUCGAUGGCCAGCCUCUUCUACUCCCCACGCAAUCCGAUAUCAUCCCGGACACAUCAGAGCGCGACGACCUUGAGUCAGGUACGAAUGCGCGUGAAGUCGUGCCGCUCCGGGAAAUGUCACGUGAAGACUCUCUUGAUUCGGUCACCUCUGCAAAGACAGCCAUUGGUGUCUAUACCUAAUGGAUCCAGUAGCAGCAGCCAAAUGGCAACUCCUACCGCUAAAACCCCGGCAGGCGGAGUGUUCAGCGCAGAGCCCAAGCCCACUGCCAACUUGAUGGACGCUCAACCUGAGAUUGCGCCUGUACCGGCGUUGGUGCCCGUCCCACCACCUUCGGAGGAUGAAGUUGCGGAGCUGACUGAAGGGGAUGCACCAGAGACGACCAUUCGAUUGGUUGGUGCAAAGACCGAGUCAGCACCAAAAACACCGGUCUAG